ACUUUUGUACAGGUGGCGCUGUAAAAUAAUGAUUAAAAUUACAUUUACUUUAUGUUUUAUUACAGUUCAUCAGCUGAUCCACUAAGAAUGGAUUAACCAAUUUCUUAAGAUUUAUUUAGCUAGAUUCCAAAAAAUUAUUUAUCUUAACGACAAUUUUGGUUUUCGAUUGCAAGAGUAGAUGGAAAAAAUGGGAGCGAAAAUGAAGAAAUUGCAAUAAACUACAAUUAAUUAACAGAAUGCCGUUUACACAAUUUAUAAAGAGAGCUUCUAGCCUUCUUGGAAUCGAUUAUGACUCGAACAAUAGGAAACAUCCUCCGAUUGACGGUGAAAUUGUCUUCUGCAAGAAUAACGUAUGUGUUCAUCCUCCAGCUGUAUUAAGCAAUCAGGUACAACAUUUUCCUGGAUACUUGACAAUCAAGUCACAAGAUGACCAGGUUUUGGGUACAACUUUAAUUCUUACUUGGAUUCCGAAUUCUAAUUUGGAAAACAAUCCGCGUACUGUGGAGAACAGUCCUGCUCAUUCAGGAAAAAAUAAUAGAAUUAGCCCUAGGAGGUCUCCGCGGCAAGACUUCGCUAGUGAAGACUAUGUUAGUCCGGAGGAACCUCCACCAACAACACUUGGUGUGACUAACGUUUUAGACGAAACAGAAGAGUACGAAUAUAGAUUGCCAAGCAAGGAAGAGGUUCACGCUGCGUUGGCUGACACUUGGACAUCAGUUACAUCCUAUUUCAAGGCUACUUCUUUCGAUGAAAAAGAGAAGGGAGAGGAAAAAUCUGAAACUUCUGAAACGCCAAGAGUAAGUGAGAGUACUGAAUCAGACAGUGGGAAAUGUUUAAAAAAUCCAACAAAAAAGCGUCUAAAGAAAAGCUCCUCAGGAAGUGGAAGUUCACAAAAAUCUUUAAGUAUUGAAAUGGAAGGUGAACAACUUACAGUGGUAUCUGAAGAAGAUGUUUUUGAAAACGAUUCAAAAGCCAAGGUCGACAAACUGAAAGCUUCUUUCAAGCUUAACCUGGAAGGAUCAAAUACGCCUGCAAUAAGAAUUCGCUCAGAUUCAAGAUCUUCAACCGAUACUUCCGGACCAGAUUCUCCCUCUAGUCGUUCUCCUAUAUGUGUUCAUCAAUUUUCUUUUCCAGACAACAGUGUUACUUACCAAACUUCGCCGCCGAUUGAUUCUCCAUCGUCUCCUGCCUCAGCCGUUGAGAAAAUAUGCGGUGUAUUUUCUGUCGAUCUUGGGCAAAUGAGAUCACUUAGAUUUUUUUUCGAAGACGAAUCAUCUUGCAGUGGGCAAAUGGUUAUUGCAAGUCGUGAAAGCCAGUAUAAAGUAUUGCAUUUUCAUCAUGGUGGUUUAGAUAAAAUACGACAAACGCUAAGUGAAUUUCAGUUUUUUGCUGCUAGAAUUAAUGGCGACUGUCGUCAAUUGACAGUUGUAAGACCUCAUAUAGAAAAACAUGUUCAUCCAGAAGAGGGAGCAUAUUCGAAAGUCAAUUUAGAUACAUGGAAUCAGCAUAUGAACGAAAAGGGUCAGAUCGAAGACAGCUAUACUUUGAGGAAGGCUGUAUUUUUUGCUGGAAUCGACCAGAGUCUACGUAGAGAAAUGUGGCCUUUUCUUUUGAGUUACUACCCGUAUUCAUCGACUUUCGACGAAAGAGAGCAGAUUCGAAACGAAAAAUACAUCGAAUAUCAAAAUAUUCGAAAGCUCAGAGAAGAGAUGAGCGAGGAGGAGCGAGAAGCUUUUACUCGAAAUAUUCAAUGUAUUGUUGAAAAAGAUGUCGUCAGAACUGAUCGAAGUCACGCUUACUUUCGGGGUGAAGACAAUCCUAACAUAGAAGUCUUACAAAAUAUUUUACUUAACUAUGCCACUCUUUACCCUCAAUACGGUUAUACCCAAGGCAUGUCGGACCUGUUAGCUCCCAUUCUUGCCGAACUGCAGCAUGAAUCCGAUUCCUUUUGGUGCUUUUCUGGUUUAAUGAGAAAUACUAUAUUUGUUUCAUCCCCUAAGGAUGUUGAUAUGGAUAAACAAUUGGUCUACUUAAGGGAACUUUUGCGAAUAAUGCUGAGCAGUUUUUAUGAACAUAUUAGCAAACAGUCUGAUGGAUUAGACUUGCUAUUUUGCCACCGUUGGAUUUUAUUGUGCUUCAAACGAGAAUUUUGCGAAGCUGACGCUUUACGGAUGUGGCAAGCAUGCUGGGCCCACUACCAAACUGAUUAUUUUCAUUUAUUCAUUUGCGUGGCUAUUAUAGCGUUAUAUGGGGAAGAUGUUGUUCAACAAAACCUACCAUCUGAUGAAAUCCUUCUUCAUUUCUCUUCGCUGGCAAUGCAUAUGUUGGCUGAAGCUGUUUUAAGAAAAGCUCGAGCCAUAUUACACGAUUUUAGAACUAGGUCCACUAUUCCCUGUACUUUGAGUGGCCUUUGUACUUUAUGUGGACCUGGAAUAUGGGAUUCAGGGCAUGUCCCCAAUAUUGUUUGCAUUGGAGGACCUGAACACAGCCAUUAA